AUGUCUGAAGCAUCAGCUCCCGCUCAACGCUUCGUCCCAGGCGCACCAGAACCAGCGCCGCUUUCAAAAGCCCAAAAGAAAAGGCGACGGGCAAAGAAGACUGACGGCGCUCAGGACGCCAACGAGGCGCCCGUCGCCGGUGCUGACCCUGUCUCCGCAACUGCAAGCAAUGCCCCCGAGCCCUCAGAGGCCCGUGAAGGGUCUUUGGCGCCCCCAGAGGUCCAGGUCGCAGAAUCGACUGGCUCACCCCUUCCCGAAGAGCAGGUCUUGCUCAAGCCGAGUCCAAUCGUCGAGCUUGUCACCAAGCGCUUAAAGGCGACCACCAAAAAGAUCACCCGCAUUUCUGGAUAUGCUGCGACCGACCCUGAAAAGUUGAACGAUGACCAGAAGCGAACCCUCAAGACCCUCCCUGCUCUCGAAGCCGUCCAGAAGGAACUCAGCGAAGUGAAGAAAGCAAUCGAAGUCCACGAAGCCGAACUCACCUCUGAGCUGGCGGUCAAACGAGCAGAAGCAGAGAGGGCAGAGAAGGGACGCAUCCAAUCGGCCGUCGAUACAGCUCAGAACAACUUGCUAUCGAAAACAUCGGACCUCUUGAACCUCCUCCGUGCUCGGUCAACUGUCGCAGGCGGUUACGCGGACCCUUCAGUCUUUGCAAACGAACUCGAACAUGCCGCCUUUUUCGCUCUUGUUGAUGCUAUCGUUGGUGAGGAUGGUGAUAGGAAACAAUCUGCUAUCACCGGUUUCUUGUUUGGCACUGGAGAAUUUGACGGAGUCCCUUUCACACGGAUAUCCGAAAUCUUGAAUCUCAUCUUGAACCCUCCCCGACCACCCACACCGCCGCCUGUUGUUGAACCCUCGAUAGUCAUGUCCAAUGAAGCAGAAGGUCCCGUUGUCGGUGUUCCCGGAACACCGGCGCCCGUUGGUGGUUUCCGCUUCAUGCAGGAGAGCGAGAUCGAGCCGUCUUUGGAAGAGGGUGCUGAAGAGCCUCAACAACCUGUCGCUGCGGAACCUACGGAAGACGCUCCACCUGCAGUUGUCAACGGCCAUGCCGCUCCAGACGCCGCUCCCGCCGUUGGGGGUGAUGGUUCUACUCUCGACUGGGCCGAUCACGAUGAAGCCGACUUGCCACCUAUCGAGCACUUCAAGGCUUCUGGCUCUGCUACCCCAGCUGAAUCCGCCGAUUCUCCACAAGACGCUGCUCCGGCUUCGAACGGCCAGGAGGAGGUCGAGGAAAUGGCCGUGGUCGUGGAGGCUACAGAGGAGAUCAUCGCGGAGGAUACCGAGGCGGAUAUCGCGGUGGUGAGCGUGGUGGAUACCGUGGUGGUGACCGAGGCGGCUAUAGAGGGUUCCGUGGUGGCGACCGUGGUGGUUAUCGCGGUCGUGGCGGAGGUGCUAGUGGUGAUUGGCGCGCUGAUGGCGAGCGUCGCGGACGAGGACGUGGGCGUGGAGGACCACAUGGCCAGUUCCCCAGGCCUCAAACACCUCAAACUAAUCCUGUAG